AUGGACGGCGACGGCGAGGAGUUGACGGCGCAGGAAACCGCUCUGUAUGAUCGUCAGAUUAGGGUUUGGGGAGCCGAUGCUCAGAGAAGAUUAAGCAAAGCGCAUGUCUUGGUCUAUGGAAUGAAAGGAACUAUAUCGGAGUUUUGCAAAAAUAUUGUUCUAGCUGGAGUAGGUAGUCUUACCUUAAUUGAUGAUCGACUUGUCACUGAGGAAGUGCUUUCUUCAAAUUUUCUAAUUCCUCCUGAUGAGGAUGUGUAUGGUGGAAAGACCAUUGCUGAGCUUUGUUGUGAUUCACUUAAAGAUUUCAAUCCUAUGGUUCGUGUUUUUGUGGAAAAAGGUGAUUUGUCGAGUUUUGAUGUAGAGUUCUUCAGCAAAUUCGAUGUUGUUGUCGUCAGUUGUUGCUCACGUUCAGCCAAAAAACUAGCCAAUGAAAAAUGCCGGAAAGCAUCUAAACGUGUAGCAUUUUAUACCGUUGACUGUAGGGAUUCUUCUGGUGAAAUUUUCGUUGAUUUGCAGGACUAUAAAUAUUCCAAGAAAAAAAAUGAGGAAACUAUUGAAUGCCAUCUAAAAUAUCCAAGUUUUGAGGAUGCUUUAUCAGUACCUUGGAGGGCAUUUCACAGGAGAAUGUCAAAGCUGUACUUUGCAAUGAGAGUAAUAGAGAAGUUUGAAGAGGCUGAAGGUCGUAGUGCGGGAGAUGUUUCAGAAGCAGAUCUUUCCAAUGUUCUCAAGCUUAAAAAGGAACUUUGUACUGCACAAUCUCUCAAUGAAUCUCAUGUUCCCGACACUCUUCUAGAAAGAUUGGUAGCAGAUACCACAGAAUUUCCCCCAGUCUGUGCUGUUAUCGGGGGAAUCCUUGGACAGGAGGUUAUCAAAGCAAUCUCUGGAAAAGGGGACCCCAUAAAAAACUUUUUCUAUUUUGAUGCUUCUGAUGGAAAGGGUGUUAUAGAAGACAUAUCUGAUUCAAACGCUGGAAAGUAA